UUUAUAUUCCAAUUUCAUUUUUUUUAAUUGUCUAACAUUAAAAUUAAAUCAAAUCAAAUCAAAAUUUUUAAAUAAAAUCAUUAUUCAACGGUAUAAUCGAUUGCUAGUUCUAUUUUCGAUUCCCACUAAUUUAAAACGAAUUUCUCCAAAUCCUUCCGAUCGCAAAUGAUCAUCAUCAUCAGCUAGGGCUUCUUCAUUUUUGUCUGGAUUUUUCGUUUCCAGUGUCUUAAUUUUUGAAACCCGUGGUGAAUUAGGGCUGAAUCCAAAUUCCAGUUCGCCGAGGAAGGUCAUUGGAAGUAAGCUAAGAUUUAUCGUACUAGUAGGAAUGGAUGGGCGGCUGUUGUAAAGAGAAGCAUGACAAGCGGAACUAUGUGGAGGAUUAAAGAGCAUAUGUUCGGGUUUAGUAAGUCGAAUGUUAUUACCUUUACUGAUAUCUGGUUGCUCGGUGUUUGUUUUAAACUUGAUGCUAUUGGUGGUGAUCCUGUUUCUAGCAGUGGAUUUGCUGCUUUUGUUGAGGAUUUUUCAUCCAGGAUUUUGAUGACUUAUAGAAAAGGGUUUGAUCCCAUUGGGGAUUCGAAGUAUACUAGUGACGUUAAUUGGGGAUGUAUGCUUCGGAGCAGUCAAAUGCUUCUUGCUCAAGCACUAAUUGUUCAUCGUUUAGGGAGAUCUUGGAGAAGAACUGUGACUAUGCAAAUUGAACAAGGGUAUCUUGAAAUUCUUCACGAGUUUGCUGAUUCUGAAGCUUCAGCUUUUUCAAUCCAUAAGCUUCUAGAAGCUGGGAAGGGUUAUGGUCUAGCUGCUGGGUCAUGGGUUGGACCUUAUGCCACAUGUUGUGCUUGGGAAACUCUGGCCCGUGUUGAUAAAGUUAAAUUGAAUAAAUCAUCAAUGGCUAUCUAUAUUGUUUCGGGUGAUGAAGAUGGUGAACGCGGUGGGGCACCUGUUUGUAUAGAAGAUGUAUAUAGCUGCUGUCUUGAGCAUUCAGGUGGUGCAGCUGGUUGGACGGCCAUUCUCUUGCUGGUUCCUCUGGUUCUUGGACUUGAUAAGCUUAACCCCAGGUAUGUUCCUUUAUUGGGGCUACUUUUACAUUUCCUCAAAGUAUUGGAAUCUUAGGUGGGAAACCUGGCGUUUCAACUUACAUCAUUGGCGUGCAAGAUGAAAAUGCGUUCUACCUGGAUCCACAUGAUGUACAGCCGGUAAAUGUACACUAGAAUACCAUUUCUUACAUUUAUUUAACUGUUUACUGCAGCGAGGUAUUUUAGGUAAGGAGUCGAUUGUCAUGAUCUUUGCUUUAGGAAACUAAAUUGUAAAGUAUCUUGGAGUUUUGAGGCAAAACACUGUUUCUUUUUUCAAACCCUUACAGUUUAGUGCAGUUCUCAUCUCCAAGAAAUUCUCGUCAGUGGAAUUGCUAGAGUUGUGUUUGGGUGACAAUACACAGCUCUGAUCUAGGAUUUAGAGUGAAAUUCUAGAUCGAAAUUUAGAAUUAUCAGUUUAUGAGGAAAGAAUUAGAGCAUAAAUAAACUGACGAGGUUAAUUAAUAGCUAAUCAACUGACAUGGAUUUCAUUGAUUUAUCUCUCUUAUCAUCAGAGAGAGAGAGAGAGAGAGUUGGGUGGAAAACUUAGUUGGAGCAAGUGAAUUACAUUAGUAAUUGCUAAUUGUAUUCCUAAUUAGUCGCAUCAAUCAAAUCAAACCCUACCUCCCUUCUGGAGGGAGCAACAUAGGGGGGCUGAUAGAGAGCAAGAGUUACUAUAAGGUGUAUUUAAAAGAUUUUGUUAUCUUAAUAUGAGCACAAAUUUUUAGGUUAUUAGCAUUUUUAGGUUGAAUAUCUUUUAAAGACUUCUUAAGCUCUAAUUUAUUGAUGCUACGUACCAUCAUCCAUGAAUAUUUUCUUUUAACUGUGAUCAUUUGACACUUGAUGCAUUCUUGAACUAAGGCAACAUCAAUUCAGAUAGGCUACAUGGAGAAUCAAGAAUGUGGAAAGACAAGUGCUUAUUAGUUUCUGCUCUUUUUGCAUGAAAAUUAAGUCGUUUAACAAUAAGCUUGUAUAGUGUGUAUAUUCAUGUACAACUUUUUCUUUCCAAAUUGUAUCUAGACUUUCUCUUUCCAAAUUUUUUCUUCGUUCCAUUCAGUUGUUUAUGACAUGUAAAACUUGAUUUAGUAUGUAUUUCAUCAAUUCAUGUACUCAUUUUACAAGAGAAAAAGGAAAAAGAAAAAAAAAAGUGUGUACAUUGCUCAAUUUUCUUUCAUUUAUGUUCCACUUCAAUAGCAUUGGAAUUUUAUAAUGUUAUAGUUGAGUUGUUUCGUACUAAAAUUACCACAGCUCAUAUUUAUUCUCAUUUGGAUGGGUUCACUAGAUGAUUAUUGACGAUGGAAACUGGUUGCAUAAGAUUGAAGUAACUUUGAUAAAUCUGAAAGGUCUUGUCAUGUACUUUGAUAAACAAUAGAUCCCAUAAGAUAGUAAAUACCUUUGAUGCAUCAAAAAGAUUUCGACAUGUACUUCGAUAAAGAGAAUCAAAUAAUUUUUUUGUUCUUAAACAGUUGUCAACUUAUCGAUUAUGAAUUUUUUCAUACAAUAACGCUCCCUUCUUUUUGAAUCGGUGUCUUUUUUUCCAUUCUUGGUGUUCUACAUUGAUGUUUAAAUGUCCACUAUAUUCCUCUUGGGAAAAAUUUUCUUUUACUCUUUUUCUCCCCACCUUUGAAGGGCUCCUUUCACUUUCUUCCUCUACUCUCUCCUUGUCGCAACAUCCCACUGCUACAAAGUUGUUGUAAAAGUAAUUUGGAAUGAAGCGAGUAGCAAUAGCAUUUUUGGGAAUUUUCUUUUGUUCACCAAGGUUACAAAAAAUGGUUUUAUUGGUAUACGAACGAAGUAAGUUUAGAAGAACAAAGCUUCUCUUGAAAUAUAAGAAUUCCUCUUAUAUAUCUUGUUCUUGUAUUCAUGUGAGCGUUGUGACAUCUAAUUGUCCAUUUAUUACAUGUCUAUUAUUAUACGUUAGCAAAAUAUUCAAACAUAAAAGCCUAUUUGUCUUACAGGUGAGCAUUAGAUAAUGGGAUUACUUAAUCUUUUUUAUUUAGGUGUCAUUGAAUUCUCCCUUGAUUGUUUGAUACUACCUUCCUUUUCAAGUUAGUCUGUUUGAUGUUUGGCAAUAUGAGCGACUUAUUAUAUUUGACAUCAUAGAAAUUGGUAUUUUACUUUCUUGGUCUUAUAGAGUUUGCCCCAAAUAUAGGUUGUGUGCAAAUAAAGGAAGUGAAGAAAAAGUAAUAAAAAGGUAUACUUUAUGAAGAAGGAGAAAAAUGUGGAUGAAAUAAAUAGGUAAAUUAAAUGUGUGGAUGAGAAUUAAAAAAGAGGGUGAGUCAUGAGUCUCUAUACCAAAAAUAGAAAUGUAGCAAAAUUCAUGAGAAAAUAGUGUAAAGUCCGUGGGAUAGAGGGAGUAUACGAUACCUUGGGUUUUAAUUUUGAUUGUGCCAAAUCAUGAAAUAUCAAAAAAAAAAAAAUGAAAGGCACAUGUAUAUUAACCUUAGCAAGAGAGUGUAAAACAGGACCUGUGUUGAGAGACGUAUUAUAUCCCUUGAUUGCUGAACUCUGUUGAUUGAUCUUUGAUGCUAAAAAUAAAGGGUGUUAUUUUUAGAUGCUCCUUACAAUAUUUGUUGUUUUGAUUGUUUCUCAUGUUAUCUAGAAUGGUUCUUUGGGUUGAUGUGAUUCUAUAAUUGUAAAAAUGUUGCAUACCAUAGGUGCUAUAUUUAUGAGUAGUGUUUGGAGAGUUAAGAGUAGGUUGAGUUGUACUUUAUAAUGAUUACGACACAACUUUUUAUAAGUUUUGUAGUGCAGCUUGAGUUUUAUAAGCUUGAAUCUUCCAAUUGAAUCCUGAUCGUCCAUAUAGAACAUAAGCUUGAACAUUUUAUGAAGAUUCAAGAUUUGGAUCUAUUCGGGCGAGAAGUUUUUGAGGAAAAUUAUGUUUGGUCAUGCAUUUUUCAUUCGAAGUCGAUAUUGCUAGCUAACAAAGAACUGCAUAGAUGGUGAUUGUUCGCUAUGAUGAUGAGAAUUCAAUGUUGUUGUCCUAGAUUGUGCACAAUUUGUUUCACAUAUUUUAAUUAGUCAUCUCAUGUACCGGUAGUAUAAUGCAAAGGUUUUCUGAUCUUGUCAACUUAUAUAAAAGCUAUGAUAAAGUUUGUUUCCUUGGGUUUGAUUUUAAGUUAAGAUUCCAAGAGUUCUUUUAGGAUUAUAGUGUCAACUGGGUAUUCUGUUCCUUUUCUAUUUCAAAGAGCAUAAGAACAAUUUUGGGGGGAUUGGAGAUUUUCUUAUGAGUAAUUAUUGUGGAUUGGGACGGGAUAAUGAUCUUUAAAAGAUGGGAGUGAUUUUUUCCUUUACCAUUUUAUGGUCUAUAUGAUUAGAAAGGAAUAGGAUAUUAGUGACCGAUUUCUACAUGUAGAGGUGCUAUGGGAGGUGGUCUUUUUGGCGUCACUUUAGGCUGAGACACAUGAAUUAUUUAACCAUUGCUCUCUUGAUGAUUUAUGUAGAAGUAACUGGAACGUGAUAGUGUAGCUAUCUUUAUUUGCUUCUUGGGAUCCCUCAUCCUAUAUGUAUGACGUAUUUCCUCAUCAAUAGAAGUUUUUCCUUAUCAAAAAUACUGUUUUACAUGAUAGAAAUCUGCAAAUUAACUGUGAUUUGGUCACAUGGAAUCUGUCUAUGAGCAAAAAUGAUUUGGCAAAUACAGCAUAAUAUAGUAGGGAAUUGUUCUAAUAUCAAAAUGUAACGUCCUGAUAGAUAGCAGAUUAUUAUGUGCAAUAGAGAAUGUUAAAUAUACUGUUGUGAUGAAAGUUGAUGAUAUUCUACAUUACAAGUAAUGAACCUUUUUUGAGAUACAUGAGAGAUAUUGCUUCGUUCUGGAAAGUAGUAGAUUGCCUUGCAGGAGUACCCAGUUUUGAAGAAUGAAUAUGAUGAUAAUGUGAUGUCGAGAACAGUUUGCUGAAUCAACUAUUCUUGGAAAUGUUUAAUAGCUGUAAAUGGCUGUCAUGUGUAUAUAAGUUAAUGACUUAGUACAGUCUCUUUGCUCAACGUCUAUCUUCCAUACUUCCGUCGUCUUUAAAAGAGAUGUCUCCUUUAAGCAUUUCAGUUUAUCAAACUACCAAUCCUCUCAUUUCCACAGUUCAGGAUUCAUUUUAGAUUGAGCGAUUUAUUGCAGCUGAGUUUCUCUUUGCGUUUCUGGCCUUUUUCUUUCAUGGUUUUCAGUUUUGAACAGAAAAAAGAGUAUUUUUGGCAGUUCACAUUUUUCCUAUUGUCGUGGAAAUUAAGUUCAUUAACCCCUUGCAAACCGCUUUUGAAUUGCAUUUCAGGUGGCUUGUAUUAUGAAGGAUGAAGCUUAGGUAGAUACUUCAUCAUUUCAUAGCAAUUAAGAUUUCCGUUAAUGUAUAUAUCCUUUGUUUUGUUCUUCUUGAUUUUAUUACUAAUUUACUCCACUUGCACAAGUGUGAUCCAGCACAUUCCUUUGGAAUCUAUCGACCCUUCAUUGGCAAUUGGAUUUUACUGCAGAGACAAAGGUACUCAGAUAUAUGGUCCUGACUUCUCUGGCUAUUUUAUGGUAGUGUUAUUUUUUGUGGGCCUUUUGCUUUUAGAGUUAACUACUGAACCAAAAAAAAAAAUCCCUUUUCAUUCCUAGCUUUAGAGGCCUGGUUGUUUCUGAGGCAAAAACUAUUUCGUACUUAUAUAAGAUUGUUUCUGAGACUAAAAAGUCUUAACACGUUUGUGCCAUUGCGGCCGUUACCGCUAUUGUGACGACAUGUUAAAGAAAAGAUUUUAAUGGCUAAUAUAUUUGAAAACAGCUUACAAUGGCUGUUAAUCAGUGUUUUCAAUGGCUGUUAAUCUACUCCUGACAAGCAUGCACAUAACGGGGUUUUCUGGAACAGUAAACUCAAAAUCCUUAGAGUGGCCGUCAAAACAGACCGGCCUCAUUUUUAUUCCUUGUGCAGAACUAAUCACCAAAAUGAGUUCCAUCUUGUUGCUGGACUGGCCACCUACAGUGUGAAUAUUUAGGACAGUUUAUUAAUAAUCACCCUAUUGUCAUCUAAGCCAAACACCAAGUUCCAUUUUGGCCACCAAUAAAAUAAAAUUACUACUCUUAUGAGAGACCGUCUCUCAAAGAGACGACUUCAAAACAAGAAGCUCACGUCCUUAGUUUCUUUUCAAUUUGUAUUAGUUGGGCUUUUUAGCCCAUAUAUCUAAUGCGUCUCUCGAAGAGACCGUCUCUCACAAUAAUGUGUAAAAUAAAUGAAUUAGGACAAUUCAUGACUUAAAUGUGCAUGCUUGUGAGCUUGUGUGAUGUGUUAUGGGUGCAACUACUAUGAGCCUCGAGGAGUGGAUGUGUGGCAUCGGUUGAAAGGGGAUGCAUUAGUACUACAUGCUUACCUUUCUUUUUCUUUCUAAAUUGUCGGAUAGUUUUGAUGAUUUCUGUUCACGAGCCUCAAAACUAGCCGAUGAAUCAAAUGGUGCUCUGCUAUUUACUGUGACACAUAAUUGGAGCACUCCUAGGACAUCCAACCAAUGUGAUAUGACUAGCAAUGGCGAUCAAAUUCGAGAAGAUAAUUCUUAUGACAUGCUGCAUUCGAACAAUGAUGACGGUAUGCAAGAGGACGAAUGGCAACUUCUUUGAUGAAGAAUGAUUCAGCUAGUUGUAGUCUAAUUGGAGUGAAAAUCAAAUGUGGGUGUUUCAAAUGUUGACAUGCUAAUGUUUGUGUUAUUCUCUUGAUUAAUUUAGCAUCUCCAUACAAAAAACAUUUUCUUUUUGUUUACUAUUUGGAAGUAAAUAGUAUCUAGCAAUGUGAAUCCAAAUAGUGAAAUUUUAGCAUUUGUAAAGAAAACAUGGAGAAAUAAUUGG